AUGGAGAAUCCAGAGAGCCAAAUCCCAAGAGUGAAACUGGGCAAUCAAGGCUUGGAGGUUUCAAGAUUGGGAUUAGGAUGUGGAGGACUUUCUGGACUUCUGAAUGCUCCUCUUUCUCAUAAAGAUGGAUGUUCCCUUAUAAACCAAGCAUUUCUUAGGGGUGUGACCUUCUUUGAUACAGCUAAUGUCUAUGGGAAAGAUUAUGAUAAUGAGGUCAUGAUUGGCAAGGCUUUGAAGCAGCUUCCUCGAGAAAAGGUUCAGUUAGCAACAAAAUUUGGAAUAACUGUGUCGGAGGAUUUUCAAUUUGGAGCUGAGGGUACUCCUGAAUACGUACGGGAUUGCUGCGAAGCUAGUCUUAAGCGACUUGAUGUGGACUAUAUUGAUCUUUAUUACCAGCAUCGUGUGGAUACUUCAGUACCAAUAGAGGACACUGUGGGGGAGCUGAAGAAGCUAGCUAGUGAAGGAAAGAUUAAAUACAUUGGGUUAUCAGAAGCAAGUCCGGACACUAUAAGGAGAGCCCAUGCAGUUCAUCCCAUCACUGCCUUACAGAUGGAGUAUUCAUUGUGGACACGUGAAAUUGAAGAUGAUAUAAUUUCACUUUGCCGGUUGGUUCCAACUCAACUAGAACUUGGUAUUGGGAUAGUGGCAUAUAGUCCUCUAGGCAGUGGGUUCUUUGCUGGGAAGGCAGUUGUGGAAAGUUUGCCUAAUGAGAGUUUGUUGGCACAUUCGCAUCCGAGGUUUGCAGAGGAGAAUCUGCAGAAGAACAAAAUCCUAUAUACACGACUUGCCAACUUGGCUAAAAAGCACUGCUGCACCCCUCCUCAGCUAGCACUGGCAUGGCUUCUUCAUCAGGGAGAUGACAUAGUCCCCAUCCCUGGAACUACCAAACUUAAGAACGUAGACAAUAAUAUCGGAUCUGUGGAAGUGAAGCUUACGCAAGAGGAUUUAAAAGAAAUUUCUGAUGCUGUGAACAUUAAGGAAAUCAGUGGCUUGAGAGGUGCGCCUAUUUUAGAUAAGCUUACCUGGAGGACUGAAUGUUCUGGAACUGUUAAUUUAGUCCAUUUUCUUAUCAUUGGAAUGAGUGCUGCUUCUCUCUCAUCCCAUCCUUAUAUUGAAACGUUACCGUUUAAUGCUUACCUCUUAACACAUGGUGUAAGAAACUCUGGGCAUAAAGCACGCCCUUUCACUGUCAUGAUCUGUUCACUUUCAGAAAUUUCAAGUGAUUUGAUAUACAAGUUUAACCUUUUGAUCAUACUAAAUAAGCAAUUUUGCUAUUCCACAUUGCCUGUCAUUCACUUCUGGAAACAUAUUCGUUUAAGCUCUGUUUUCUUUGGCUAUGGAGGAAAAGCCUCGUAUUCAAAUCCCAAGAGUGAAACUGGGCAGUCAAGGAUUGGAGUACCUAGUACUCCAUUGGGUUUCGGAUGUGGGGGACUCUCUGGAAUAUACAAUGCACCUCUCUCCCAUGAAGAUGGAUGCUUGAUUUUAAAGGAAGUUUUUUCUAGGGGUAUCACUUUCUUUGACACAUCGGAUUUAUAUGGAGAUAAUCAUGAAAAUGAGAUCAUGAUUGGAAAGGCUUUAAAGCAUCUUCCUCGAGAAAAUGUUCAAUUAGCAACAAAAUUUGGUAUUACAAGGUUAGAGGGGUUCCAAUUCAAUGUCAAAGGUACCCCAGAAUAUGUGCGACAAUGCUGUGAAGCUAGUCUUAAGCGCCUUGGUGUGGACUACAUUGAUCUGUUUUAUCAGCAUCGUGUGGACGUUUCAGUUCCAAUAGAGGAUACUAUGGGGGAGCUGAAGAAGCUAGUACAAGAGGGAAAGAUUAAGUACAUUGGAUUAUCUGAAGCCAGUGUAGACACCAUCAGGAGAGCACAUGCUGUUCAUCCUAUAACAGCCGUGGAAAUGGAGUACUCCCUAUGGAGUCGUGAAAUAGAAGAGGACAUAAUUCCAAUAUGCCGAGAGCUUGGUAUUGGGACAGUGGCAUAUAGCCCUCUUGGCCGGGGAUUCUUUGCUGGGAAGUCGGUUGUGGAGAGCUUGCCCAGUGAGAGUAUACUGGCUAUGCAUCCGCGGUUUUCUGAAGGGAAUAUAGAGAAAAACAAAGUUCUAUAUGCUCGUCUUGCUGACCUGGCUGUAAAGCAUGCCUGCACUCCACCUCAACUAGCUCUGGCAUGGCUUCUCCACCAGGGAGAUGACAUAAUUCCAAUCCCUGGGACAACUAAGCUGAAGAACCUUGAUAACAAUAUUGGAUCCUUGGCAGUGAAGCUAGCAAAAGAAGACUUGAAAGAAAUAUUUGAUGCAGUACCAGUUGAUGGAGUGGGCGGUGAAAGAGAAUAUAGUGUGUUUUCUGAUUAUCUCUACAAGUUUGCCAACACCCCAGCCCAGUAA